GGCAUCGUCUCGUUGUCUUGGUUACGUAUACAGUCUGAAGACUUUUCUUCGAUAACUAGUUAGCUAGCUAGCAAACAUAAUGGGUAUGGCAUCAUGACCUGACAUAUUUUCGACUUAUAUUAUUAUACUGAUACUACAGAAAGUAUCUGACACGCUCAAAAUGGAAGAUAAGUUGGGAGAAGUCUUAAUUCAGGUUCAAGAUGAUCUGAGACAGCUCAAGUGUAGUCUUGAGAAAAUCACUAUCAAUGAGAGCGGAGCAACACUGGAUGUUCAAGCCUUGGACAAUGCCAUUCGUAAAACAGAGAGUAGCAUCAAGAAACAUGCAGAAGAUUAUCAGAAGACAGUGAAUAAGCAGCUCCUGGUUCUUCCGAGCAUUGAAGACGUCCAAAAAAAGAAAGUGCAGGUUCCCAAAUGGAAACCUGCUCUUGAGAGUAUCCCAGACGUGCGUCCACAAAGACAAGACCUUCUAGCGGUGUUACCUGGGGAAAAGCACAAGUCAGUGACCAUGCGUUUGCUGUGUAAUCCCACGCACCCAAACAACAGAGCCAUUAUGCAUGAGAAAUUUGGAAUUUCUCUCCCUGUUAUCCACAAAAGGAGCAUAACUGCAGCAAAACAUCCCAGAAGGAUCGUUGGCCCCGUGGUGAGUCUUCAGGCCACUAAACCAAAGGGCCGUCGUAGUCUGGCAGUGCCUGAAGAAGAGAAGGGGACAGUGCCAGAUAAAAGUUUUCUUCAUAUGUCGGUCCAUCACAAGGUUGUCUGUCUUCAUCCAAGAGAGGAUUCUUCUAAGAUAGGUCAGUUUGGCUCAAAGUCCAGGAAUCAAAAGCAGCUAAAAUUGGAAACAGAACCGGGAUCCUCAUGUGAAAGAACAAGCAGAGAAUGCUCACCCUGCUGGACCACCAUUGCGCCGCCACCCUCUGCAACCUCUAAGAACAUGGACGACAGGAGUGUGGUGCAAAGCACCGACAGUCUUAUCCCUGAAAGCCCUCAGAGUCUACCUGCUCCUGAAAACAUCAGCAGAUAUCCCUUUACCAUCAUAAAGGGAUGGAUCAACCCAAUGGCGACAGAUUUCAGUCAUUUCAAGCAGAGCUUCAUCUUGAGCUGGAGCAGUGUGGUCAAUGCUCUGGAGGCUCUGGAAAAGCUGCUCAGGGACUAUGCUGUGCCUCUAGCCAAAGUGAGUGGGGAGCGGCUAGUGGAGUUUGGCCAUGUUUGGAAUAAUGGUUGGAAAACGGCUCCUCCAGGGAUCGGCCUCCUCUCUGUGCUUGAAAACUGGGAGGAGGUACUGAGUCUGGUCUUACGCCCAGGUCAGCGCUACAAGGGAGAAGGAGGCAUCAGUGUGGCUGCCAUUUGCAUCCAGUCCUGCUGGAGACGCUACUCGGCCCGGACAGCCUACCUGCGCCACUGUCGGCGCAAGUGGGCGGCAGGAAUCAUCGCCAUCUCAUGGUUGAUGCACACUCAGAUGCGUCGUGUCAGGAAGGCCCUGCAGGCACGGCGUUUCAGACAACUGGAGAAUUACCGCAGCAGAGCCCAGCAUCUGGCAGCCAACUGGAAACACAUCCAGUCCUCCAAGAGGACCAUUAUCCACAUCCCUUCAUUAGGAUACUCUCAGAGCCAGCGACUGAGCUUGAGGGGAUUUGACAUUCUACAGAACACCCAAAUAAGCAGACUAUGUGAUAUAAGAGGUGAUAAUGUGCAAGUGAUCUAUGUGUGUCCGCGGCAUCUGGGGGAGGACAUCUUGCACUAUUACAGCAACCUCCUGAAGUGUGAUGGAGCCACAUACGGGGCUGAUACUGGGACAACUCAGGCCUCAUCCUGCAUUAGGCGCUUUGUCAUCAUCACACCUGAGGCUGUCGACUAUUUCCCGAUCCACAACAUGUGCCUGUCCACGCUGCUGAAGUACAGUCCACGCACCCUAAAGCGCAUCAGGCACCUGAUCCAGGGGAAGCAGGCCUAUAUUGUGGGUGGAGUGGCCCAUGUGGAUGACCUGGCAGUGGCUGAUGAGCUCGGAGUGCCAAUCCUGGGUCCAGAACCAGCUGUUGCGCAGCUCUACAGCACCAAGUCUGGAGGGAGGAGGAUCUUCGUUGGGGCAGAGGUUGAUGUAUCUCCUGGUCAAGGAGACAUCUAUUCUCUGAACCAGCUUCAUGAAGCACUGGCUGAGCUCAUGACUCAAAACAUGGACGUGCAGCGCUGGCUCUUCAAGAUGGACUCUGAUCACAGUGGCCGUGGUACAGCAUACUGUGAUUUAUGCCAUCUAAGCUGCUAUAACUGGGCCCUGCAGAAGUACCAUUCUUAUGGUCCUGAGCUAUGGAAAACCGAAUGGAUUCGGGAGUCUGUAUUGCUCAGAUAUUUAGAUGAGAUUCCCGAGUGGCUUACCCGUUACGCCCAGCCUGCUAAACCCUCCUGCUAUCCCAACUGGGCCUGCUUCCUGGAGACCUUCCUCAGGCAAGGUGGUGUGGUGGAGGCCUACCCGCCUUCAGACAGCGUCACCUGUCUGACAGUAGAUCUGCUGCUGGAGCCCGGGGGUGAGGUGACCAUGCUGUCCUGUGGAGACCAGCUUCACAGCUCCUGUCAUCUGGAAACUAUAGGCUCCACUGUUCCUCAGACCUCCGUAAACCCAGAGACCUUGCACUCCAUCUGCAUGCGUGUUGGACAGGCCUGUCUACAGCACCUUAUCGUGGGUUAUGUCUCCGUGGACCUGGCUACCUUUGUGGACCACAACACCAUGGAACAGAAGGUGUGGGCUAUUGAUCUGGACCUCACAUACAGUGACCAGCUGGCCAUGACCCAGAUGCUUCUGAUGAUGACUGGAGGAACGCUGAAUUGGCACGCAGGUUGUUUAGAAGUGCCAAUGCCAGUCAGGGAGAAAUGCUGUGAACACCAGAUUGCAGCCAAGCCUCCUGUGGUUCAUCGCUAUGCAGUCCUUGGGAGCCGCUUGUGUCACUCUAAUCUCUCCAUGUUAUACCAUAGCGUGUUCCUAAAGAUGUGCAAGGCUCAUGGCAUAGGAUUUAACAUGAAGAGGAAGCAAGGCACAGUUUUUGCUCUUUACGACAGCAGUGAGCGAUGCAGUAUCGGAUUGAUAGCAGUCUCCGAAGAUCUCCAGGGAGCUCUGGUGACCUUUGCUCGGAAUCUGUCAGUUAUUCAUCAGGAAAUCUCAGCCUCUAAGAUGCAAGGAGAAACCAAUUUUAAGGAGCUGAUCAAGGAGGUAGAGGAAGUACUGCAAAUGAUCGCUCAGAACAAGUUGCGAGCAGUGGAGGAAAGACCUUCUGCCUAGACAUUGGCUUCACUGAUAAACUUGCCUUAUUCAUGCCAAGUUGAAUUAUCAUGUCUUUGACAGCUCUGAUGUCAAAUUAGCACAUGAACCCUGGAGAUGUAUCAUUGUUGAUUAAACACAGAGAGCCAAACAGUCUCGAAAAAACAUG